AUGCUGUACGAAGAGUUCAAAGCGACAAAGUUUUACAAGUGGACCAAGAAGGUGCUCAAGUUCCUACUAGACCAGUGGUUCUUUGUGCUUUUGGGUGUGUUCGUGUUGCUAGCAUACUUUUUCCCGGAAUUUGCUAAGCAAGGUGGUACCAUUAAAGCCCAGUACUCCAUUGGCUAUGGUGCUGUUGCCGUCAUCUUCUUGGUUUCGGGUCUUUCCAUGACCACCAAGGACUUGUUCUCCAAUAUCUUGCACUGGAGAGCUCACUUUACCGUUCUUUCAUCGUCUUUCCUUAUCACUUCGGCCAUUAUUUACGGCAUUGCAUCAGGAAUUAAGGCAUCUGGCGAUAAUGCCAUUGACGACUGGUUGCUUGUGGGUAUGAUCGUCACACACGCCUGUCCAACGACUGUCUCGUCUAACGUCGUUAUGACAAAAGCUGCAGAUGGUAACCAUGUGUUGACCACCUGUGAAGUGUUUAUUGGAAACGUAUUGGGUGCUUUCAUUACCCCAGCUUUGGUCCAGAUGUACUUGACUGGUACUUGGGACUUUGGUAACCCUACUCACCAGGAGGAAAGACAGACAGUACUGGAUCUUUACGGAAGCGUGAUGAAGCAAAUUGGUCUUUCUGUAUUUGUCCCAUUAUUUGUGGGACAAGUUCUUCAGAACAUCUGGCCGAAGCAAGUGAAAUGGACCCUUACAACCUUUUAUCUUAAUAAGGUUGGAUCCUUCAUGUUGCUUUUGAUUAUGUUCCAAUCCUUCUCCACUGCCUUUGCACAGAAUGCCUUUGAGUCUGUUUCUCAUGCAUCAAUUAUCUUUUUGGUGUUCUUUAACAUUGGAAUUUACCUUUUCUUUACCGUCUUGGUGUUCUUUUACCUGCGACCAUAUUUCCUCGUUAGGAUCUAUGAUCACGAGCCCACUGAACAAGACACCAGGACAUAUACUUGGGGAUAUAAGCUUUUCCGCCCAUUUUAUUAUAACCGUCGUGACACAGUUUCUGUGAUGCUUUGUGGCCCUGCCAAGACGGCUGCUUUGGGUGUGUCCUUGGUUUCUUCACAGUAUGGUGCUCACAACCCAAAGUUGGGUGUUUUGCUCGUGCCAUUGGUGCUUUACCAGGCCGAGCAGGUGCUUACUGCCCAGGUUUUGGUUAAUUUCAUGAAGAAGUGGGUUCACGCUGAGGACAAACCAGCUGAAGAUGAGGAGGCUGUAGGAGCUCCAUCAGAUGAGACGCAGCAGGAUGCUGUCAAGACGAGCGAUAGCGAGACACACUACGGAAGCAUAUCAGAGCAGAAUGAUAACGAGAACAGUGAUGAAGCAGUGGUAAGCACCGCACGGGAGGCUCGGUAA